AUGAAGUCUAUACACUGGUCCUUCACAUUCCUGUUCCUCUUCCUUCUCACCUUUACCCCAUCUUUCUCUGACUUGGUAGACAUCAACUUGUCGGCACCAGUAAUAAUUGGAGAAGGAACUUUACAAAUUCAAUACUCUGUAUACAGAGAGCUUGGCUAUACAUAUGAAAUCACAAACCUCACAAUAUUCCUCAAGCCACUUUCUGGAACCUCCGCUCCUUAUACGAUCGCAAGCACAGCUCCACUCUAUAGCCUGGGCAAUACCAACACGACAAAUACAGUCAGUUACCAACUGCCGCCUGAAUCGUUCGGUAAUUCAUACAACGUUGAAUUCGUUGAGCUAUAUCGAACGGUAGCAACCGGAAUGAUGAGCACUGCGAUUGCAGAUGUGCGAUUAGAUGUUCCGAGCAAAACGGUCUCGGAUACGAAAACGCUUAUAAGUUCGGGGAUGACAAUUGUUGUAUCGACUCUUGUACCUCCGUUAACAACAGUGUUUACCACUGUCACAAAUGGACAAACUUCGAUUUACAGUUCUACGGUGCCGGCGAGUGUGAUGACUGUUACUCUUGGUAGCCCUACCGUAACGAAAGCCACUAAUCAGCCUGGAUCUUCAAAUGGCGGAGGAUGCGUGGUUCCGGAAGGCAAGACAUUCGUGUGGACGAUGAUAAGUGUUUGGUUAGGAUAUUUGGUGGCAGAGACGUUUAUAUAA